CAAAAAGAUGAUGAGGAAGAUAAAUUAUUUUUAAGAAGAAACGACAGAAAAAUUACAUUUCAUAAUGAAACACAGAUAAAAACAACUUUUUUUCAUGUAGUUUUUGAAAAAUUACAUGGUAAAUUCAAAUUAGAAGACGAAAGUUGUGCAGUUAUGGGUGCAAAGGAUGAUUUUUGCCAGUUACCAGAAGCCAUAGGCAGAAAAAAUAACAUCUUGUAAUCAUCAUCAUCAUCAUCAUCAUCAGUAAUGUGAUUGUUGAAGGAGGUAUAACAGAAGAAGAUGUUGGUCAACAGAAAGACCAGUUUCCGGGAGAAUCUCCCACUGUCUGACUAUGGACCAGAUGAAAACCUCAAUGACAAUGCAGACAUUGAUUGGGUCAAUAAGGAUUGGGUACGACGCCUGUUCAGAGGUUGUGCCCUUGUGAGUGUUAUGUCUGUCAGUAUGAACACACCAGCCACGUUCAUGUAUGUUCCGUCGCUGGAGUAUCUGACGUUUGUUCUCGAUCUCAUUGUCACAUUCCUCUUCACAGCAGAAAUGAUCGCUAAAAUGCAUAUCAGAGGAAUACUUAAGGGAGAUGUACCAUACCUACGUGACAGAUGGUGUCAGUUUGAUUUUUUCAUGGUGUCAUGUCUCUGGAUAUCAGUCCUUUUACAGGUUUUUGAGCUGACCAGGGUUGUUCAGCCAUAUUCCUAUUGGUCGAUCUUGAGGUGUAUGCGUCCACUGAUCCUGAUCAGAGUUUUCCGAGUUUUUCUGAAAUUCUCUCUACCUAAAAAUAGAAUCAACUCAAUAUUUAAACGUUCGGGACAGCAGAUCUACAAUGUGACGAUAUUUUUCCUGUUCUUUAUGAUGCUGUACGGGAUUCUGGGUGUGCAGAUCUUUGGGGAACUGAAACAUCAUUGUGUGAGAGAAAAUGUGACAAAUACAUCGAAGAUAACAUUGUAUGACCUUGCCAUUCCCGAUACAUACUGUUCACCUGAUGAUCAGCCUGGAUACCAUUGUCCUAAAGGCAUGAAAUGUAUGUCUAUAGACAUCCCGAAAAAUAACCGAGGAUUCAAUGGAUUUGAUGAAUUACCGACAAGUUUUUUCACAGUAUAUGAAGCAGCGUCACAGGAAGGCUGGGUUUUUCUCAUGUACAGAGCAAUGGACAGUCUAGAAUCUGUGUUUGCCAUCAUCUACUUUAUAUCCCUUAUCUUCUUAUUGGCCUGGCUUGUAAAGAAUAUCUUUAUUGCUGUCAUCAUUGAAUCAUUCGCUGAGAUCCGAGUACAGUUUCAACAGAUGUGGGGAUCUCGAGGAACUGAUACAGAUUCCGACUCUUCCCAGGUUAUACAACAAGAGGGGAAGACUUGGAAGAUGGUGAUCUUGGACCAGAAUAAACCACAGGGGCUAGCACCACCAAUAUUUCAGCAGAUAUUGCGAUCCAGUGCCUUUCAUGCCUUUAUUUUACUGAUGGUACUAGCGAGUGCUAUAGCUGAAGCUAGCCUCAGCUUUGACGGGGAUUCUGUCGAUCCUGAAAAUACCAUGGAUACUUUCUAUUAUCUAGAGGUAUUUUUCACACUGCUGUUCGAUCUGGAGGCAAUAUUCAAGAUCUGGUGCUUGGGUUUCCGUGGUUACUGGCGUCGUUCACUUCACAAAUUUGAAUUAUGUUUGGUCAUUGGUACUACUUUACACAUCAUACCUGCCUGGUACAGAACUCAGCUAACAUAUUUUCAGGUGUUGAGGGUAGUCAGACUGAUCAAAGCUUCACCAAUGUUAGAGGAUUUCUGCUGGAAGAUUUUUGGUCCAGGCAAGAAGUUAGGCAGUAUAGUCUUGUUCACUAUGUGUCUGCUGAUCAUUGCCUCAAGUAUAAGUCUGCAACUGUUCUGUUCUAUCGAGGGGUUUGAUAACUUUGAAACAUUUCCGAAGGCAUUCAUGUCCAUGUUCCAGAUUUUGACCCAGGAGGGUUGGGUGGAAGUUGUGUAUGAUACAUUGGCGCAUACAUCAAAUGAUUUUUUUUGGUUGUUAAUACGCGUGUACUUUCUUUUCUACCAUCAAUUUGUUAGUGUGAUUGUGAUAAGUUUGUUUGUGGCUGUGAUCCUGGACAACCUGGAGGUGGAUGAAGACAUUAAGAAACUCAAGCAGUUGAAGGCAACAGAACAAAGUGCUGAUGAAUCAGAGUCUCUGCCUUUCAGGCUGAAAAUAUUUGAAAAGUUUCCAAACCGCCCACAAAUGGUAAGGGUAAACAAACUGUCGGCAGAUUUCAACAUUGUGGAAGUAAGAGAGAGCUUCAUGCGGCAGUUCAGCACACCACAGCUCGAUUUGGUCAUGGAUACAGAAGAAAAUGCUGAUGAAAAUCAGUCGUUUGUGAAGAAGACUCCUAUAAGUCUUGUGAAAUCCCCAAACCUCGGAGCCAGAAGUGGUGGUCAUAUUGAGAAACAGAUGGGUAUUUCAGCUGUUAUAAGGGAAUCAAAUCAACACAAACUGAUGGGUGGCUCAGGACAAAUGGUGAACAAUGGACCUAAAUCUUUACUGUCUCAGCAGUACCAGCUUCGAAUGGAUAGAAGAAGUAUGAGAGGAUCGCGGCCAGGAAGUCUAAAAUUGGGUCACCACUCUGCGGGAGUUAAGGAAAAUGGUGAUAUUACACAUCUUAUGAUGGGUGGAGGAAAUUUAACUGGUGGCACAGGCAUGCACAGAGCUGAUGAUUUUGAUAUCAAGAUGAUUCAACAGAGGAAACAACAGGCUGAGAUUAAAAGGAAUCAGAUACAGGAUGACCUAAGGGAGAACCAUCCUUUCUUUGACACGCCUCUGUUUGCAGUGGGACGAGAGAGUAAAAUACGCAAAAUCUGUCAAAUAAUUGUCAAUGCAAAGUAUAACUACUUGCUUCGAGAUCCCAUAACUGGAAAGGAACUGCCAAAUGCUUAUAAAAGAAUUUUACCCCUGUGGAUCAGAAAGUUGUUUGGACUGGUCACCUACCUGGACUGGAUCAUGAUAAUGGUGACAAUUAUGUCAUGUAUAUCUAUGAUGUUUGAAACCCCACAUUACAGAAUGACCAAUGAACCGGAAUUGAAGUAUGCUGAGUAUAUAUUUGUAUUUAGUAUGAGUGUUGAGAUGGGACUGAAGAUCCUGGCUAAUGGAUUCUUCUUCACACCAAAAGCUGUUGUCAAAGAUUUUAGUGGAGUUCUUGAAAUUUUCAUAUAUGUGGUUAGUGUGAUAUUUCUAUGCUGGCAACCAGAGCAUGUGCCACCACUAGAGGGCGCUCAGAUUCUCAUGAUACUGCGUUGUUUACGUCCUCUACGUAUAUUCAUCUUGGUACCACACAUGAGGAAAGUGGUGUAUGAGUUGGUGAGAGGAUUCAAAGAGAUUCUGCUGGUAUCUGUUUUACUGAUUGUGCUCAUGUUUGUGUUUGCCACAUUUGGAGUACAUCUGCUGGGUGGAAAGUUGGCCAGGUGUAAUGAUCCUAACAUAAAAAAUAAGAGUGAAUGUCAUGGAACAUUUAGAGCUGCAAUGUUUGUUACAAAAAUGAAAGUGGACCUAGGACCCAAUGAGACAAGGCCAGGAUUUAUGGUUCCCCGAGUUUGGGCCAACCCUCAUAACUUUGACUUUGACAACAUAGGCAAUGCUAUGCUGGCACUAUUUGAGGUUCUCUCCCUUGAAGGAUGGCUAGAGGUCAGGGAUGUCAUCAUUGAAAGGGUCAAACCUAUUGACAGUAUAUAUGUGCACGUGUUUGUAUUUAUUGGAUAUAUGAUUGGAUUGACAUUGUUCGUAGGUGUGGUCAUUGCCAACUACAGUGAGAACAAGGGGACAGCUUUGUUGACAGUAGAUCAGAGAAGAUGGAUGGAUUUAAAAGGAAGGAUCAAACUUGCCCAGCCCCUUCAUAUCCCGCCACAACCAGAUAAACCCGGUCUCAGAAGCUUUCUGUAUGAAGUGGUGCAGCAUAGAUAUUAUAGACGUGUCACUGCACUCCUUGUCCUAUCCAACUGUUUCCUGCUAUGUGUACCGUGGAGGGAAAACAGAAAGGAAGCUGUGUUUUUGGCAACUAUAUCAGCCGUUUUUACCCUCCUCUUUUUGGUCGAGGUGAUAAUGAAGAUGAUAGCACUAACACCAGCUGGGUACUGGACAAGAAGGAGUAACAGAUUUGAUACAUUUGUAACACUGAUUGGUGUAAUCUGGAUAUUUGUACACUUUGGAGUCCAGUUCUCAGAACAUCCACGGGAGGUUCACAGGGCAAGCUACAUGUUUGGAUCAUGUGUUAUUAUUCUGAGGUUCUUCACAAUUCCUGGAAAACAGGCGACAUUGAAGAUGUUAAUGCAGACUGUGUUGAUGUCUGUGUUUAAAAGUUUCUUCAUCAUAAUGGGAAUGUUUCUACUCAUGUUGUUCUAUGCCUAUACUGGUGUCCUGUUGUUUGGUAAUGUCAAGUAUGGAUAUGAUUUGGGCAGGCAUGCCAACUUUAAGACCACAUCAAGUGCUAUAGCCCUGCUAUUCCGUAUUGUUACUGGAGAAGAUUGGAACAAAAUCAUGCAUGAUUGUAUGGUAGCGAAGCCAUUCUGUAGAUAUCGUCCAGGAAACAGUUUCUGGGAGACCAAUUGUGGCAACUUCACAGCCUCUCUGAUAUUCUUCUGUUCUUUCUAUGUCAUCAUUACAUACAUUGUCCUCAACCUACUUGUUGCUAUCAUCAUGGAGAAUUUCUCGUUGUUUUACUCCAAUGAAGAGGAUGCUCUGCUGAGCUACAAUGAUAUAAGACAGUUUCAGAAUACGUGGAAUAUGGUAGAUGUUAAUAGAAAGGGUGUGGUACCAGUAAACAGAGUGAAGUACCUGCUGAGAUUGUUAAAGGGAAGACUGGAAGUGGACCUUGAGAAAGAGAAACUGCUGUUUAAACACAUGUGUUAUGAACUCGAGAGGCUUCAUAAUGGUGCAGAUGUUACCUUCCAUGAUGUUCUUAGUAUGUUGUCGUAUAGAUCAGUAGACAUCAGGAAGAGUUUACAGCUGGAAGAAUUGCUGGCUAGAGAAGACCUAGAAUAUUCUAUAGAGGAAGAGGUCGCCAAACAAACCAUCAGAAACUGGCUUGAUAAAUGUCUGAAAAGGAUCAGAGCUAAAAAUCAUUCAAACCUUAUAUCAAAUCUACGUGCCAUGAAUGAGCCACUAUUCACUGUAACAGAACUCCCAGCAAGUCUGGCUGACAGCAGUGAAGAGAGUAAAGAUGAGGCUCCAGUUAACCCCUCAGCCCCUAGGAGUCGGAAAAAGGGAACAGUGGAACUAAAUCCACCAAAUAUUCACAUAGAACCACCACCACCCUCUUCAAAGUUUGUGUUGUGA